CCUGCUCCUGGAGCCACCACCACCACCUCCUGGUCCGCAGCCAGCCCCGUUCUCAGCAGUUAGAUCCACUCCACCUACUGCAGGUGACGCCCAGCCCGGCUGCUAGGAUGGAAGGAGGAAGUCACAGGAAGCGAGGUGGCGGUGCUGGUUCACCAGCAGCAGCUGUGGGGAAAAGGCUGUGCAAGAGAGGCACAAAUCCUGAAGAUGGGAAGGAUGAGGCUCUGCGGGACUAUAAGCAGAUGCAAAAUGAGCUGAAGAACAUUCUAGAACAGUCUGUGGAGAAGCUGCUGGACUUCCUCUCCAAGCCCUGCCUGCCUGAGACAAGGAAGGGGAUCACUUAUUUCAAGAACCGCCUGACAAGCUUGAAGCCAGACAUCCUGCUGGAUCCCAUCUAUGUUGGCCUCUUUGGCAGCACUGGGGCAGGCAAAAGCAGCUUGCUGAAUGCCAUCAUAGACAAAAACUUCUUCUUGCCAGUGUCUGGGUUCGCAGCCUGCACGUCCUGUGUGGUGCAGGUCAACACAAGCCACAGCAGACUCUACGAGGCAAAAAUCUACCUUCUGACAGAUGAGGAGUGGAAGGAUGAGCUCAAGAACCUGAUGGCUCUUGUGGAUGUGGAUAACGAUGAGGAUGACAGCGAAAGAAACGAGGCUGUCUCAAAGAUCUCUGCUAUCUAUGGGGAAGAAGCUGAAACUAAGAGUUAUGAAGAACUGUGCAGGAUGAAACCCAUUGUCUCUAUCCCCAGUUCAAGAUGUAUCACUCUCAGGGAAACAAAUGAUGAAGACCUUUCCAAGAAGAUGGAGCCUUAUAUCCGGAUUCAGAGCAUCGCUGCUGGUGCAAGAGGAGAAGCAAGCACUGAAGAUGGGAAAACAUCACUCUGGCCUCUAAUCAAAAACGUGGAAGUGACUGUCCCCAGGCUGCAGGUGGUGCCAGAAGAUGUCAUCUUUGUGGACAUCCCAGGGAUGGGCGAUUUCAACAGCAAAAGGGAUGCGAUGUGGAAAGAGAACAUCAACAAAUGCUCUAUCAUUUGGGUGGUCAACUCCUUUGAACGCAUCCAGGGACACAAACUUCAUGAGAUGCUGCUGAAGGAAGGGAUGAAGGCUUUCCAGCGUGGCAUGUGCAAAGACAUCUCCUUGGUGGUCACAAAGUCUGAUCAGAUUGAUCUCAACGAAUACAAGAGAGAAAGCAAGGAGAAUGAAAUAAAUGAGCAUGAUGCCAUCCUGAAAAGGAAUAAAACUGUGAAGCAAGAGAAGAGGGAAAUGAUGAAGAAGGACCUGGAGAGGAAGCUUCCAGGCAACUCUGAGGUUCUGCAGAAGGCUGAUCUUGUCUACACAGUCAGUGCCAGGGAAUACUGGAACGGGAAGACACUCAGCAAGGAGGAAACAGAGAUCCCAAAGCUGAGGGACUACCUCAAGAUGUUCUCCAUGACACAGAAGAGGAACAUCCUGAGGGAAUACGUGUUGGAGGCUUUGUCCAUCUUGUCCCUGAUCCAGAGUCUCAGAUCCUGCCAAACUGCACAGCACCUGGGGGUGAGGACAAGGUCCUGGCAGGACUUUAUGCAGAAGAUCACUGAUUUGGAGGAAUCCAUUGAGCAAUGUUUUAGACAUCUUGAAAAGCCACUCAGUGAGGGACUGGGUCAAGCCAAGGAGUCCUAUGAUAGAAACAUCAAGAAGAUCUUCAACCAAGUCAGGAACCGUCAGGGCUUCCACAGGACCCUGAAAGCUGUGUGCCUGAAGGAGGGGGUGUACGUGUCCAAGACCUUCGGCCGGAUAGACAUCAAUGGCUCCCUGGCUCAGCCCAUCUACGAAAGGAUUGACAUGACUUUUGGGAACAUCUUCAGGAUCCAGAUGGAUGACAGCUCUGUGCUGAAAACCUGCCUGGACAAGUUCAAAGAUGCCAUGAAACAGCAACUGCAGAGAGCUGUGGAGAGUGCAGUGCCUGACAGAAGCAACAAGCUCGAGUUCCUUUACCAGGAGGUGAAUGCCAUUGUCAGGGAGAUUGAAAAAAUCAUCCUCCAGAGGAAAGCAGAAAUCUACAACUCCCUGACCACAUCCAUUCAACAGGACCUGGUGCCAUACUAUAAAGCUGCUGCCAUGAAAACUGGACCACAAGCCUGCACGAGGAUGACAGAAAGCCUUUGCAACGGUAUCAUGAGAGAGGUGGAAGAUGGAAUGUUUGAAAGAGCUCAGGCAAAGAUGAGACAGGAGUUUCAGGUCCUGAAGGAGGAUAUCACCAAGGAGGUGAAGAAGGACUUCUCUGACAUGCUUGACCUUGCCUUUGGCCCGCCAGAUCCUUUCACCAGUGAGCUUCCAGACUUGCAGGAGCAGCUCUCCUCCGUCCGCGCCAUUCACCAGGGUUUGCAUGCAGCCAGCGAGGCUUAGGGGGUCACAGUUUGUGGCUGGCUGCCUUCACAAGCCACACAGCUCCUCAAGCCCUCACACAAAGUGCUAAAUAGGCUCCAGAGCUUGGACACCAGGAAAUAUAACCUUUGGCUGUUUCAUCCCAUAACACCUGCCUCCCUCCUCCAUAAACUGACUGCAGUAUCAGAGUCAUCUGGUCUCCUCUGGAGACCUUCAAAACCCACCUGGCUGCUUUCCUCUGGGAACCACCCUGCUUUGCCAAGAGGGGUGGAUUGGAUGACCCCUGGCAGUGCCUUCCAACCUCUAAGGUUCUGUGAUUCUCU